UGCUCUUUUGAAGCGACACUUGCCUCAGACCCUGACCGAGCUAUCCUGCCCUCCGAGCCCUCCUCCUGCUCAAGUUGAACUUGUCCCAAACCAAUCUCCAACCAUGUCGACCACCACCAUGCAUUUUGGCCCAGAGUGGAUGCGCGCGAAGCCCCAGCCGUCCCCAAAGAUCCAUCCCCCGCCGUCCCCGCCUGCGAACACCGCGAGCGCCUCGACGUACUCCGCGCUCGUGUCGCCCGCGGGCCCCGCGCAGGCCGACCAGCGCGAUGUCUCCCACCCGUUCCGCUACUCCAAGGACGACCUGCUCCGCAUCUACCAGGAGGGCGGCGGCAAGAACGCGCUCGGGCUCGAGGUCGAGCGCUGGGAGGGCGUCGUCCGCGAGGACGCCGCGGUGCCCAUCGCGCUCUGCGAGAUGAGCGACGCCGAGAAAAAAGCGUUCGCGGGGCCGCUCAACUCGGAGAUCCGGCGGCGCCAGUCGACGGACUUCCUCCCCACGAUAUCGACGCAGGGCCUCGAGCGCCCGCGGCUCGCGACGUCCGCCUCCGUGGCCGCGAGCAGUCCGCAUAGGGAGCGGUUUGGCGCGCUGAUGUCGCGCCGCCGCGAUAGCUCUGAUGCGUUUCCUGCGACCACACCGCGUAAAUUAUCCCUCACGGGCACGCAGGCGCCUAUUCUAUCGCCGCGCGACCCCUCCCUUCAAUCGCCUCGUACGCGCAUGCCAUACUCCCCAGGCUUCGACGGCGUCCUCAAUAGUGGGGGCUCUUGGCUGUCUCGCCGUCGUGGCGAUGCGGACACGGGGCACACGCCUCGUGACUCAGAGCAAGACGACAAAGCGCAAGUCAUCGCAGAGGAAGAUGAGAAUGGGAACCCUCCCGCGGCGCAGAAUCCCCCUUCUGGCUCUGCCCAGCAGGCUAACGGUAUCACGACUGGCCCCAACUCUCUCGCCAAUGGUGUGGCGCAAAUGAGUUUUGGGACCUCUGGCAACGGCACGAAUGGCACAGCACCCCCUGGUAUUCCACCUGUGGUGGAUCUCACGGCCGUGGAAUGGUCUUAUAUCGACCCUCAGCAGAAUGUACAAGGCCCUUUCCAGGCCGCCGUCAUGCAGAAGUGGUUUGAAGGAAAUUACUUUAGCGACGACCUUUUGAUGAAACGAACGCAUAUCGACACGGAGUGGAUUAGCGUCGGCGACCUCAAGCGCCGUGCGGCAGGCGAUAAAAUAUUCAUGUCACCCAUCAACCCUCCUGCACCUCCCGGAAUCCCUCGUCACGAUUCGCCCAUGGCGAUCCCAGAUUCGGCCCCCUUCAACAACUCCCCGUACCAGCCAGCGCCGGUGCGCCAACUACGCACCGGGACGCUAGAUUCUUACAUUGGCUCCGGCUCUACGCCCUCCGACUCGCCCUCGUCCUCCCUUGGUGCUCGAUUCGGCAACGGAUCGCCAGAUCCAGCCGCCUUCGGCGGACGCGCAGGCCUGGCAGGCGACGGCCCGCUUGGCAGCAGCCGCCUCGCGGGCUUCGCCAUGGGCCCGGAGCAGGCGUACACGGGCAGGCGGAACACGUUCGACGCGGAUGGCGGCAUGCGCGGGCCCGGCUACGGCGCGAGCAUGCUCGGGCGGGGCAGCAUGGACGCGCACGGCUUCAACGGCGGCUUCGCGGGGCCCUGGCCGAGCUCCGCCGGCGCGCUGUCGACGGGCUUUGACGCGCGCGGGGAUCCCGGGUUUGCGGCGUACGCGCAGGGUGGGCAGGCGCUGAAUGGGUUUGGUGGGGUCAUGCGGAGCAAUUCGCAGGACGCGGGGCUCGGGGGGAUGGGGCCGGGAUACCAGAGCUUGGAGUUUGGCGGGCUGAACAAUGCUUCUGGCAUGACGCUGCAGCAGGGACAGCACCAUCAGUUUGUGCCGUCGCCGACGAUUGCGUAUGCGCAGGCUCAAGGGGCUUUCCCUCAAUCGGCGUCGCUGCCUCCUCUGAACCACCAACAAGGUCAACUGGGCUCGGGUAGUGCGCAUUCGUCGCCUUGGCUCAGGCAUGCAGCUCCCGCAGACAUCAGGCGCACGGACUCUGCGUCCUCGAGCAAUGUUAAUUCACCCGCCAUUUCUGGGCAAGCCCCGUGGGGCACCACCAGCGUCACCUCGUCUCAGGCCGACCGCAGCGGCUGGUACGCUGCGUCGCGGGGUGUCGUCGAGGAUAAUUGGGGCGGUCCAGGCGAGACAAACGGCCUCACCAACUUCAACGUUGAGCAACACAAUCGCCAGCAGCAACAGCCCGAGCCUGAGCCCUCCCUUACCUCCGCUGCCACCGCCGCCACUGCCGACACCUCAGCGCCUGCCCCCACGGAGUUCGAGCCUCAGCAGCCAUCGCUUGUCGAGGCUGUACCGGCUGCCGAAGAGCCCGCUCGCGCCGCGCCUGCGCCUGCACCCAGCAAGAAGGGCAAGCGCAAGGAGGUCACCACGAAGCUCAACCUCACCUCGCCCGCCCCCAAGCCCGCCGAGCCGGAGGCCGCGCGCGACCCCACGCCGCCGCAGUCCGCUGCGCCGAAGCCCGUGUGGCUGAAGGACGACGACAAGAAGAAGUCGGGCGUGACGCUGAGCCUGCGCGAGAUCCAGGAGAUGGAGGCGAAGCAGGCGGAGGCGCGCAAGGCCGCGGAGAAGGAGCAGCGCGAGCGCGCGGCGCGGGCGACGGCGACGGCGACGGCUACCCCCGUCGAGGACGCCGCUGGCUUCACGGCGUCGUGGGGGCUGCCGACGUCGCAGGCUGGAGGACGAGGCUCGGCGGCGCCGAAAGAGGCGGCAUCGGGGAGUCCGGCGUCGACGCCUGGUGCGGCCGCACCAUGGAUGACGGGCGGGGCGAGUCACCCAGCCAAGAAGACGAUGAAGGAGAUCCUGGAGGAGGAGGAGCGUCGGAAGAAGACGGCGUCGAAGGAGACGGUCGCGGCUGCUGCUGCUCGUCGCGCGUAUGCGGACACGACGCAGAAGAGCACACCCCCACCGCAGCAGAGCGUCUGGUCGACCAUCGGGUCGGGCGGGAAGGUCACGACGCCGGUGGCUCCUCGGCCCACCCCUACGCAGACUGUGAGCACCGGUGCGCCUUCGGCAGCUGCGAAGGUAAACGGUGCACCGGCACCCAAACCUCCAGCUCCGGCACCGCCCAAGCCGGCCCCGGUCAUCCGCGACACGACGCCAUCGAGCGAUUUCCUCAAGUGGUUGUACGAUUCGCUCAGCCGCGGCCUCAACGCGUCUGUCAAUGCCGAGGAGAUCAUGACGAUGCUCACGACGUUCCCCGUCGAGGAUAUCAGCCAGCCCGCGACGCUCGAGCUCAUCCAGGAGGUCAUCUACGCCAACAGCACGACGAUGGACGGCCGGCGGUUCGCGUCCGAGUUCGCGAGCAAGCGCAAGGCGGACGUGGCGUCGCGCGCGGCGGGGACGAGCUCGGCGAAGCCGGUGUCGAUCGCGGACGUAGUCAAGUCGCAGCCGAAGCCGACGCAGCCUGAGUGGGGAGGCUUCAAGGUGGUGAACAAGAAGAAGAAGGGUGGGCGGUCGUAGGGCCGUGCGCUCGAUGUGUACUGACGACGUGCUGUGAGAUGAUAAUUGCUACAAUAUCUAGCAAAGUGUAAUGCGCCAUAUGAUCUUUUGUUUGUAUCCCUCUCAC